AUGGCAGCUUUUGGUUUUAGUAUCGGCGAUUUCUUGGCCAUUUUGCAGCUUGCAAAAGAGACGCGAAAGAGAUUUAUAGAUGCCCCGAGCCAGUUCAAAGCUAUAUCUGAUGAUGUCAAGUGCCUGUCAAAUGUAUUACGAGACAUCGAGGAUAUCGAGCCCGAGAAAAGCCUGUCGGAUCAACAGAAACAAACACUGAAUGACACCUCCCAACACUGCCGGGAUAUUCUGAAGGAUCUCAACAAAAUUCUGGAAAGCUUUCAGGACCUAACGCCGAAUGAGCCGCGUACACAUAAAUGGAAACAAAAAUUUCAGCAAGUUGUGAAAAGGCUAGAAUGGGAUCAGGCUGAAAUCGACGCGUUCCGACCACGACUUGCUGGGAUUACUGCUGCAUUUGGUCUAUUGCUUAAUGGAAUUCAGAUCAAAAAAUUAGAAGCAGGGAAAGAGCAGUGGGAUAUAACUCAGCGGGGUGUCACCCAGCUAGUUCAGCAUGAAGAAGACAAGAGGCGACAAGAGGUUCUUCAUUGGCUUUCCCCAACCAACCAUGCAAACAAACAGGCCGACUUUAUCUCCCAUGUUCAGCAGGGCACAGGGAACUGGCUCUUAAAAGACGACAAAUUCAAGCGAUGGAUAAAUCAGGACUGCAGUACUGUUCCAGGCCAGCAGACUUUGUUUUGUCCAGGUCUGCCAGGUGCCGGAAAGACAUUUCUGACAUCGAUCGUGAUAGAAGAGCUUCAGGACAGAGCCUCCAAGUGCGGUGUCGGUAUUGCAUUCUGCUAUUUCAAUUUUCGCGAGAAGACAACGCAGGACGAAAUACUCGCUAUGAUGCUACAUCAACUAGUCGAACAAAAUCCAAACAUCUUCCCAGUGUCAGACAGGCUCUACAAAGAGAACAAGACAGGGACCACUCGGCCGACAGCACUGAGCCUUCUCAGCACUCUAGAGUCUGCGGUUCGUGCCUUUCCAAGGGUUUUUAUUGUCUUGGAUGCAUUGGAUGAAAGUCAACUUCCCGCUGGAUCUCUGAACAGGCUUCUCGCCGAGAUAUUUACUCUACAAAGAAUGCAUAAUGUCGGCAUGUUCGCGACAUCUAGAGAUAUUAUGAGCAUCUCGGAGAUGUUCCAAGAGAGCUUACAUCUCAGGAUUUAUGCAGAUGUGGAAGAUGUUGGAAAGUUUCUGAGGGGACAAAUGGAAGCUCUGCCUCGAAUUGUCCAAAAAGAAAGGACCUACAGGAAGAAAUCAUUACAACAAUUUCAGAGGCAGCGAACGGAAUGUUCGUUUCUCCUCGCCCGACUACAGAUUGAAUCCCUGCAGGGGAGAGCAUCGGCCAAAGAGAUCCGAGAGUGUCUGAAGGUUUUGCCAACUGAACUGGAUGACGCAUAUUCAGAAGCAAUUUAUCGAAUAGAGAGUGAGAAGCGCUGGGAAAGACAAAAGGCCUUCAAUGUUAUUUCUUGGGUUUCCUUUGCAGCACGGCCAUUGACGACGCUUGAGCUACGGCAUGCUCUCGCUAUUGAAGAUGACCAGCCUCAUAUUGAUGAAGAAAACCUCCCCGACAUAGAAGAUUUAGUUUCUGUCUGUGCAGGCCUUGUUACUGUGGAUGAGCAGAGUGAUGUUGUCAGGCUCGUCCACUAUACAGCACAGGAAUAUUUCGACCGACACCGAAUGCGCCAUUUCCCAGAUGCGCAUAGAGAAAUUGGAGCAAAAUGCAUUCAAUAUCUCUGCUUUGAUGUUUUUGCGGACGGUUCAGUACCUGAGCCCAAAGAUUUCAAGGCCCGCAUCGAUGAAAAUCCUUUGUUUGUCUACUCAGCCCAGAAUUGGGGACAUCAUGUCCGACAGCAAGAGGUUAAGAUGGAUCUUGUCUUGUGA